GUUCCACAGAAACUCAACUCGCUGCGAGUCGAAGCCGACGCCGCCCUAGAGCGAGCCGAAGAGGCCGAGGCCAAGAACAAGCGUCUGGAGCAAGACGUCCUCACAAAGGAGCAGGAGAUUGCUUCGCUCUCGCACAAGAAUUCUCUGCUAGAGCAGGACCUGGAAAAGGCAGAGGGUAAAGUCACCGAGCACAAGAGUGCUAGGGAGGAGCACGAGAGCAACAGGGAGUCGGCCGAUACUCUGCAGAGAAAGGUGGCACUGCUGGAGCAGGAGCUGGACCAGGCAGAGAAGAACCUGAGGGAGACGACUGAGAAGCUCCGCCAGACGGACAUCAAGGCUGAGCACUUUGAGAGGCAGGUCACACGUGCAGAGCAAGAGCGUGAUCAGAUGGAGAAGAAGUACGAGGACAUGCAGGAGAAGUAUCAGCAGUCCAAGAGGGAGCUCGACGAAGUGGUGCAACAGAUGGAGAGCUUGUAA